AUGUCUGAAGCAGCUGGCCUUUGUAGCAUCUUUAUCUUCCUUUGUCUUUCCUUGCAUGCAUGUAAUGCUCGCAAUUUUCGGAUCGAUGAUGAUAAGGGUACUUCUAACACAAAAAUCGUUGGCUCUAGCAUGGUGAAGAUGGAUUUUUCAGAGGAUAAAGGAACAAGUAACAUAUGGAGAAGUGAAGAUGAAGAUCCAGCAGCAGCCACCCAAGAGUUGGAUGAGGAGUCAGAUAUUCCAAAUGAGGAAAUGAAGAACGUGAAAGAAGACAAAGAGAGUAGUGCAGGUGUUGCUCCUGUGAAGCCUGAUCCUGUAGUUAAUUCCGUUUCAUGGCGUGUGCCUCAGAAAAGUAGUAGCCACAGUGAACAUCCAGGGUUUAACUCUGAUUACUCGCAACCAAGGACCCGAACUCCAUGUCACAACUGAAGUAACUAGUGUUUAAUUAAUCCCUUAUUGCAUCCUUUCGAUCUAGCUAUAAUUUGUCCUCCUAAUUAAUUGAUUGACGUUCAUUUUCUAUGAUAUUUCUAACAAGGGAAGCCCAGAAAUAUGAGGACUAGUGAGGAAUAUUGCAUGUAUAUUACUAACUUCUUGUUGAUUUAAAUGAUCAACAA